AGUAAACCUCUUUCUCUUAUCAAAGAGCAUCUGAAAAACAAAAGGGAACAAACCUAUUAAAACUCACUGAACCAUGACUUUACAGCUUAAAACCAAAGCUCGACACUUUAACCUGCACUGUUCUGUAGGCCUUACGGACUGGGACAUGGACAAGGAGCUGAAACUGGCAACAACCACAGACCAGUUUUACCAUGAUGACAAACUGAAUGAUCAAUACGUGGUCCAGAGGCCAUCGGUAAGAGCCUCAAGAAGAAAAGAUGAAUUCAUUUGGUACGAUAAAACGUCAGACACCUUUGUAAAGCCAAACCUGUGGCUGUUAGUGAAUCCCAAUAUUGCCUGCCCGAUCCAGUUUGCAGAAGCUGCAGCAGAUGUGCAGACGCUUUGCAAACCUGCUAAACAAAUCCAAACACCCCUCCUGGACCCUGCGAAGACCCAACAUCAACUUAGCACAGAGGAUGCUCCCUUCAAGGAGGAACUGCCUCACUCAGUUUCCUCCUCCACUGAGUAUAUGAUCAAGAAUGAAGACGUCUCCUGUCGACCAGCCAAGAACAGACGGAAGGGAAGGACCAUGAAGGCCAGGGACAGUAAGACUCUGAAGCCAGGAUGCUGGCCUCGUCCACCAGUGAAUUACUGCAUUCUCAUCGCCUUGGCGCUCAAGAGUAGCCAUACUGGGAGCCUCAAAGUCCAGCAGAUUUACCACUUCACCAGAGAGCACUUCCCCUUCUUUCAAACGGCUCCAGAGGGUUGGAAGAACACCAUCCGACACAACCUGUGCUUCAACAACAGCUUCCGCAAAACUUGCAACCAGCUGUUAAAAGAUGGCAAGAGAAAGUCGUGUUUUUGGCACCUGACUCUGGACGGCCAACGCCGGCUAAAGGAUGAGAUCUGCACUUUGACAGAAGAAUCCUUCAAGCAGCUGGAGAGGAGCAUGUCCAACCCAGAUGUUAUUCGGAGUUUACUCGCACUGUGAUUGCAGUUACUAAAGGUAUCUGUUAAACUAUAUGCAUAGUUUUUUUUUUUUUUUUUUU